CCUGCUUUUGCACGUCUCCUCGUCGUCUGCCCACACUGCUGCGUGGCGUUGGCUGUGCUGGAGACGUCGACUGAGCGAUCUUCAGCACCAUGGUGGUCUGCGGAGAGCGCCGUGAGGACGGUACUCGGGGCUUCACGACCACGACAGCAAAUGUGAAGUACGUCUUCUGAUGGUCGACACGGACUCGGCUUUUCAACCUCUCGACCUCCCGGAAGCAGCAGGCACAAUGAACGCCACAACGGCGCCAAGCGCCACUCCAGCGUGCGUUAAGAUCGACAGCAACGCCAUCAGUGACCUCCUGAUGACCGUCUACAUCCUGGCCUUCAUCUUGGGCCUGUUCUUCAACGUGCUCACCAUGGUUCCCAUCUGGCAACAGGUGCGCAAGGAAAACGUGCUGGGCAUUUUCUUGCUGAGUCUGUCGCUGUCGGACAUGCUGUUCCUCUUCACCGUGCCCCUGUGGAUCAACUACUACCACCAGGACCACCACUGGAAGCUGGGCGUGAUGUCCUGCAGCGUGGCGGGCUUCUUCUACUACUCCAACAUGUACGUCAGCAUCUACCUGCUCUGCUGCAUCUCUGUGGACCGCUGCUUGGUGGUCACCGAGCCUCUCCGCUUCAAGACCCACCGCACGUCACGCUACGCCUGGGCGCAGUGCGCCACCGUCUAUGUGCUGGUGAUGACGCUGCACAUCGUGGUGCUGGUCAAUGACAACCUCACGGACGCCCACGACGACAAAGACAGCAACGACCGGUGUUACGAGACCUACCCCAUGCAGCGCCCCGUGGCCUUGUUCAACCUGCUCCGUGUGGGCAUCGGCUUCUUGCUCCCCCUCCUGGUGUUGGCCGUCAGCUACUGGAGGGUGCUCGCCACUGUGGGGCAGAGUCCCGGCUUGAGCGCGCAGGUCAAGAGGAAGGUCCGCAUGCUCUCCUUCGGGGUGAUCGGCAUCUUCUCCUUUUGUUUCGCUCCGUACCACCUUCUCCUCCUCACGCGCUCGCUGGUCUUCUACUCCAGCGACCUCGCCAGCUACUGCCAGUUUGAGCAGAAGAUGCACUUCCCCUUCUCGUGCACGCUGGCCCUGUCCAGCCUGAACAGCGUGGUGGACCCUGUGCUCUACAUUCUGGUCAGCAACAGUGUGCAGGAGGAUCUAAAAAUGUGCUGCAACAGGCAUAAAAGGACACAGGCGGAAGAGUGCACUCUGGGCACGCACAACAGAGGAAAGAUGAACAACCAGCUAAUAUGAAUGCACGCCAGUCGGCAGGAUAAGGAUUAUUUACUACCUUUAUGGGGCCUAUGUGUACACAUAAUCAGAUCCUUUCAGACGUCGCCAUAUUUGUCCACCCCCCUCAUAUCCUGCACUGUGAAGAUGAGGGGGCUGACAAGGAUCACAUGCAUUUCUAGUUAUUAGACAUGAUGAGCAUUUGUUGAUUCUCCCAGGUUGUAUUUGCUCUUAAAACUGCAUGGUGAGCCAGAAUAAACACCAACAUGGCCCACGGACUGCAGGUUAACAUUCAUUUAUUGUGUACUGCUCACAACACAUGACAAAAAUAAUAACACAGAUAAUACAAAUGCAUGUUGUUUAGUCCAAAAUGUUGCAUGAUUAUGCUGAGUGAAAUAAAAAUCGUACACCAGGCAUCAUGUGACCCAGGGUCCGCCCACGGUCACCAUACACCAGAACAGUAGAAUGUAGAGUAGAUGUUUGACAUCAAAUCAUUUGCAUGAAGGCUGUUCUCUUGCAAAGUGAUUUUGUGACAAUAUACUUUGUUUCGUUUUGGCCAAUUAGAGCGCUGUAUGUUGCCAAGCCAGUGGCCAAUCAGAGAGCACCUUCUGUGCGGGCAAAUUUGUCAACCUUCAACAGCGCUUCUCCAGUAAUUUUGGCUCUUUUUAGAGAGACAAUUCUUUUGGCUCAGCUCACUAAAAAGAACCGGCUCCUUUGGCUCCCAAAUGGCUCCCAAACGGCUCCCAAACGGCUCCUCAGGUUUGUUUUUCUCUUAAAUGAAUUGAUUACCACAUGAUGUGUAUUGCGUAAUAUGAAAAAUACAUGAUAUCAAAUGUUUAUUAUUUCAACUUCAAUCAACAGCCACAAAACCGGCUUGUCGUUCAUUUCAAAGAGCCGACCUUGGCCGACCUUGGAUAAAAUAUGGACCCCUAUAAAAUUUGUACCCCUGCCGGUUUUGCACAUGUGCUAAAAUGAGCGAUACAUAUUUGAUGUGUUUAUGCAUGAAAUCUGUAGCCUUGUAAUAAUGUGUAUGAUGUAAAUACUGGUAAAUACACAAUAUAAUGUGGGGGGGAAUGUUGGCACGUUGUAGAGUAGACCCCCUAACCCUAAACCUAACCCGCUUGCGCCAAUACCAAAUAGGUACAAAUUUCACCAAAUAGGUCCGUUUUUUCAUGCCACACCGGCUCCGAGAGCCGAUUCGUUCACGACUGUACAUCACUAUUCUCCAGUGCGAGCCAGAUGGAAGCAGUGGCGGAACUACGGGUCGCUCUCCGGCCACCCCCACGGCUGGAGUGUCAACUGGGAAAAUCUUACUUUCUUCUGUGGCCACAUUGGAUAAGGAAAAAAGACGCAUUGUUAAAUAUACACGGAAGAGAAGUGUAUACAAAUGUACAUUUUGUACUGUGCCUAAUAGUAUAUAUUCACAUAUUUAUUACACUCACUGCUGGUUUCUGUGUAUUGUUUGUUGUUGCUGCUCCAUGCUACCGAAACACAGCCUUGCUGUAGUGAGACGAACCAAAAACAUCUGCCAGACUGCCCCAAUUGGUAAUUGAGUUACUGCUAUCACCAGCACUCAUUACCAAUCACAGCUCAACUAGGUUGCAUCAUUUACCUUGAAAUAUCCUCACUCAGACAUCCCAAACGAUGAAAAAUGUCAGCUUCCCAAAAACUGCUGUAUCUAAACUAGGGAUGUCACGAUACACUUUUUUUGGCUUCUGACCCGAUCUGCUUUGGUUUUUUGUUGUCUCACCGAUUCAAUACCGAUCCUUUUUUUUUUUUUUUUUUAAAUAAUAAGCUUUUGUUCCAAACAUGAAUUUGUGGAAUUGAAUAUGGUUAUGAAAAUAGCAUUAAAAAGAAUGCCACAGCAUGACCAACAAUAUUGUUUGACUUUUGGAACAAACCUCUGUGAGUCAGGUCCCUAAUCCAAUAAAAGAUCCAAUAAAAGAUCAAAUUGGAAAAAAUGGGCGUGCAAAAUACUUGUAGGGUAGGACUAAUCAUUUGACAUGGUUAAUCAUCAAUUUGCGGUGUGAUUUAGAAUAUAUGACUUUUUUUUUACCAACUUGUUUCAGCAUAAUAGUAAUUUAUUGACGGUCCCUAGUAUAGACAACCAGGGGUUGGACAGCACUUCGCGUGCAAGCAGUGGCAGAGCCAGAAAUGUUUCACUGGGUUGGCCAAGGUGAGACCAUUACUCCCAUAGGGGUGGCAAUAAGCUGAUACCUGAAAUGUCUAGAUGGCCAGUGGCGUGGCAGGAGAGUGACCAAGGGUGGCCAUGGCCACCAUGUAGCUCCAGAACUUCCCAUGCGAGCUCCCCGCACCAUGACACAGCAGUCCGGGCCACGGCGGACAUGUCUGCAUGGUGGU